AAAUAAAUUAGUAAGCAAUUUAGUUAAUUAGUUAUCCUUUUCUGCUCACGUUUGAUGACUUCAACAAGAUGAUUUAAUCGCACUUUACUAUGGAGAUUAUAAUGACCUACCUAUUCGGUAGUAAUGACUGAAACAACACGGAAAAUUGUGGUUGUUGGAGAUGGCAUGGUUGGAAAAACUGCCUUACUAUCAGCAUUUGUAAAUGGUGCAUUUCAAGAUUAUUAUAUUCCGACUGUAUUUGAAACAUCAGCUAAAGAAGUUGAACUACCAGAUGGUCGUCAUGUAACUUUAGGCUUAUGGGAUACUGGUGGUCAGGAGGAGUUUGAUCAAAUUCGUCAACUAGCCUAUCCUGGUGCCAGUUUAAUUCUAUUAUGUUAUGCAGUAGACUGUCCAACUAGUCUCGAGAAUAUUGUACAUACAUGGCUUGAUGAAGUAAAGUGUUACUGUCCGCAUAUACCACUUAUUUUAGUCGGAUGUAAAGCUGAUAAACGUGUAGUUCCUAAAGCAGGGAAGUUGAAUAACUCUACAUCGAAUGCAACACAAAAUACACUUAUUGAUCCAAAUGAUGCAGUCAAAGUGUGUAAACAAAUCGGUGCACAGAUUGUUAUCGAAUGUUCUGCAUUGACAAGAUCUAAUGUGAAUUCCAUAUUUGAACUAGCUGCUCGUAUUAUACUGGAUACAGAUAAAGAAAGUAUGCGAUCAUCGAAAUUUUGUAGUAUCCUACCUAUUCACAGGAAAAAGUCGAUUUCAUCUAAUGGUGCAGUAGCUGGCAAGUCAAUUGUUACACGUCGAAGCUCAGAAUUGAAACGACGAAUAUCUAGUUCAAAUUAUUUUUGUUUCUUAAGAAGGCGAUGAGGUAUUCAGCCUUCAGAUGACUUUGUUGUAUUUAAAAGAAUUAUACAAAGCAUAGUUAAAUGAUGUCUUUCGUUUAAUUAUAUAUAUAUAUAUAUAUAUAUAUAUAUAUAUACAUAUUAUCUGAAGUCAGAACAAUGUUACUCUAUCUGAGGAGAAACAGAUGUCUUUCACUAGCCAACACGCGGAAACUAAUGUGCAUAUCAGGAGAAUAGACCUACUCAAGGAAUAUUCAUAUAUUUGUCCUAUAUGAAUGAAUCCAGUCAGUGUUUCAAGGUAACCUUGUACAAGUUUAAGAUUGAUAAAACAAAUAACAAAAUAUAUCAGGAAUCUAUUCAUUCUUUCUGAUAAAAGAUUAUGUACAGUUAAUUGUUGUUAUUUGACAUCAAUAAAUAUCACCUUAUGGUAAGUGUUUUAUAUUGAUGAAUGCUUGUAUUAUUACACGUAAACGGUAACAUAAUAAAUGUACUCAUACGUAAUAUUAAACCUGUACCAGUGAAGUCUGUUUGAAUUUGUAAUAAUGUAUAAUUUUGAACAAUGUGUUAUUAUUACUUCUAUUAUUAUUAUUAUUAUCAUUCACUAAUGAAUAUUCUUGUUACUGUCAUUGUCAUUGAUUCACUUGUCUUAUUACGGCUUUACUCACCGGUCUGAUGAUCUUCUGUGUUAUUAGUUUUGUUAUGAAAUUUAAAUGAACUAUUAUAUAUAUAUAUAUAUAUA